AUGUCGGCCCUUGAACCGGCCGUGAAGCCGCUGGCCCUGCCAUGCGUUGGGUUGACGCCCAGUCCAGAUCAUCUGAAAGAAGCCGACGCGCGACGCCAAAGCCUAAAAGCCGCCACCGCCUACAGUAUCACCAGCCUGUUGGAGAGCCGGAAGGACAAGGAGGUGUCCCAAAGCCGCGCGAGCAGUUCCACCGUCUCCGAGGAGGACCACCCGGCAUCAGACACACGCUGCCAGAGCGCUGAUGAUGAGCGGGGGUCUCCUUCCGCCUCAAGCGCGGACGCGAUGGCCGCAUCCGUUUUCCCGCAUUUCCAGUUCCCGAACCCAGCCCUCCUUGCAUCGACCAUGAUGCCCGACCUCUCGAACCCCCUAGGCCUAGUGGGUGGAGGGCUAGACAUGGCACAGGCUCAGCAUUUGCAGCAAACCUACCUCUCCCUGCUACUCGGGCAGCAGCUGGGCGGCCAGGCGACGUCACCGUUAAGGAUGAUGUCGGCGCAGGAACAAGCAGCUCGGACGGCGGCCGCGUUGAAUCCGUUUGCGUUGUUGUCACAGUUGAAUGGUGGAUCGCAACAGGCAGCAGCCCUAGCCGCCCGAUUGCAACACCCCCUCCAGCUCUCCCCCAACAGCCUCAACAUCAACAAGAAGCAGAGCCGCCCCACCUUCACCGGCCACCAGAUAUUCAUGCUGGAGAAGAAGUUCGAGCAGACGAAAUAUUUGGCCGGAAAUGACCGGGCACAGCUCGCCCAGGAGCUGAACAUGAGCGAGAGCCAAGUCAAGGUCUGGUUCCAAAACCGGCGAACAAAGUGGCGCAAGAAGGAAGCGGCGGAUAAUGCCCUAUCCGGAAAGGACCGACACUCCGAAAGUCCGCAACCACCUACCCUCCAGGGCCUCCAUGUGUUCCUAAAUUCUAAU